UGUCCCCAGGCUCCAGCAAUGCCUGCGAGAAGACGUCGUUCGCCUUCCUGCGGCAGGAGCUGCCCGUGCGCCUGUCCAACAUCAUGAAGGAGAUCAACCUGCUGCCGGACCGGGUGCUGCGCACGCCCUCGGUGCAGCUGGUGCAGAGCUGGUACGUCCAGAGCCUGCUGGACAUCAUGGAAUUCCACGACAAGGACCCUGAGGACCAGGCCACGCUGGGACAGUUCACCAACGCGCUGGUGACAAUCCGGAACCGUCACAACGACGUUGUCCCCACCAUGGCGCAGGGGGUGAUCGAGUACAAGGAGGCGUACGGGGACGACCCCGUGUCCAACCACAACAUCCAAUACUUCCUGGACCGCUUCUACCUGAGCCGCAUCUCCAUCCGCAUGCUCAUCAACCAGCACACCCUGCUGUUCGAUGGCAGCACCAAYCCCGCGCACCCCAAACACAUCGGGAGCAUCGACCCCCACUGCAACGUGGCCAACGUGGUGAGAG